AUGGGAUCUCGAGCAGGAGAAUGGCGACUGGGAAGUUCCUGGACCUCGAAGGCGGGCAAAGGCGGUGGAGCUCGCAUAAGAGAAGAAGUCUGGGAAGAUGAGUCAGUGCUCUGCUGUAUGCGGGAGUUGCUAGAUUUUUUUUCAAUAGUGGCAGCAGUGGAGGGCAUAAACCAAAUAGUGACCGGAGAAUUGGUGUCUCUCUCAGAACAAGAGCUUGUCGACUGUGACACGUCCUACAACGCCGGAUGCAAUGGCGGUCUCAUGGACUACGCCUUCGACACCGAAACCAGGCAGGAGCAGAUGACGGCGGUGCGGAAAGAGAAGUUAUUAGCUAUGGUGCGCACACCCACACCCCACACGCGAACCGGGUCCAAUGGAAUGACUCCGUUUCGAUCUACACCAGGCCCAAGCCCAGUCUCUCCACCGCCUCACACACCGUCAAACACGGUGGUGUCUCCGACCUUGUCUAUUCAAAGCUCAGAAUUGCCAGAAAACCCAAUUGGCCUGUCCCAUCCGGCGCCAGCCACGACAUGCUUAACUACCAAGGCAAUCAGCACCACCGCCACUGCCACCACCUCGACUGGAAAUUGCAACAAUGGUAGUAGUGUAUUCGCACCUUCCUCCGCUUCAGCGUUGAUGACACAGCCACCCCAAGCAUCGUCACCGUCCUCAUUCACCAAUCAAGUAUCCACAUUGGGCACCCUGGAUGGCUCUACCACAACCUCCGCCAUUAAUGAACCCACAUCACUCUCGCCCUCUCCUUCUACCUAUCAGCAGACAACAGCAGCCUAG